AGUUGGUGAGUGAGCCAGAGAACGUAAGCGUCGGGCUCGCCGAGUUUACCUACACCACAAAGCCACCGCCCAGCUCGGACGAGGACCCGGUGGCUACGAAGUUGCGAAAGCGGCUUCAGGAUUUACUUACGGAACUACGCACUAAUGCCGAAGGGAUACGCAAGUCGGAUUAAGAAAAUGUGACCUUGUCUCAAUGUGCUUAUGUCACUUUCGAAAAAGUAUAGUCUGCAGUUUGAGU